ACUCUUUGCUUGUCAUGCUUGAAUCACAGCUUCAUGCAUCCUUUUGUGUCAGAGACCUUAUUGUCUUUGUCUGUCACUGCCGCCAGAUCAACUGUGGGGUAGCGUGGCGGACAGAGCUCCCUCCUCAGCCCCCCUCUCCCUCGUCUGUGCCCCCGGCUUCUCAUCACUCCCGGCUCGCUCGUGUCUAUUUACCUCUCUUAAGCUACCCUCCCCUCGCUGUUGAGCUCCGUCUUUCUCGCUCUCCCGCUCCCCGCCGCUUACUAUCUCCCUCUCUUCGCUCCUUCAGAGCAGGCGGUCUGCUGCUCUGUGCAUGCAGCUUGCUACAUGAUCUCCUGGAAACCGGUUUUCGCCGCUGCUCCGCCACCUCGCAGUUCCUCAGCCCCUCCAGAUUCCCGUCUCUACCGCGGCAGGAUGUUCUUUCACGAGGGCUGAUCCCCGUCCGCCCCCUUUCACUUUCCCCUUUCCCUCCCUUGUCCUGAUCUCCCGCCCUCUGACCCUCACCCUCUUGUUCUCUACCCCCCACCCACCCACUCCUGUUUGCCCUCAUCCUGAGCCUCUUUCCCCCAUAAUUCAUUUCACCCCCUUGACCAUGUUGCCAUGUGUCUGCUGGCUCCAACUUAUCCUCAUCUUGCUGUCCUCUGUCUUAUGGACCCGGGGGGAAAAUUGCCCAGCAACCUGCCUGUGCCCAGAUCCUCACACUGUGGACUGCAGCGGCCGCGGGCUGACCCGUCUACCCGAUGAGAUCCCCCUGGAUGUGCGCAGGCUUUUGCUGGCCGACAACUGGAUACCCCGCAUCCCCUCGGACUUCCUGGUUCUGUACAGUGACUUGGUCUACCUGGACCUCCGGAACAACUCCCUCUCCCACAUAGAACCGGGGACUCUCAGCACCACUUCCAGGCUGGUCUUCCUGGACCUGGGCAGCAACAAUCUGACUGAGAUCCCCAAGGGGACGUUCGGGGAGUCCCGGAGCCUGAUCAAACUGCGGCUGGGCAACAACCCGUACCUGAGCAUGGUGAACGAGGAGGCUUUCCUGGGCCUCACCUCUCUGAGAGAACUGGAACUGGAGCGUAACGCGCUGUCCACCCUAAAGGUGGGGGCGCUGAGUCAGUUGCCCUCCCUGCGGGUGGUGAGGCUGGAGGGCAACCCCUGGGUGUGCAACUGCAACUUUGCCAACCUGUUCACAUGGCUGACGGAGAACAGUCACAAGCUUCCAAACGGGGUGGAAGGCAUGGAGUGCUCCCUCCCCAUGGACGGCAGACGUGUAUCCCUGACCCAGCUCUCAAAGGACAGCUUCCGUGAGUGCCAGGCCACCCUGACUCUAACAGACCUGCUCAUCAUCAUUUUCUCUGGCAUCUCAGUCUCUGUGGUGGCCAUCAUGACAAGCUUCUUCCUGGCUUCAACUGUUCACUGCUUCCAGCGCUGGAGCAAAGGCACCAAAGGGGAUGAUGAGGAGAGUGAGGAGUGA